CAUUUCACGUUCCCACUGAGAAUCCAGGAAGUCGCGUCGCCCGCUGUUGUUGUGUUUCUCGGUUCGUUAAUUGCUGCCUGUCUUUCUGAUCAAAUACAGCACACACGCCAGCCGAAAUGGCGACUUUUAUUUCAGUCCCGCUGAAAAAGUCCUCUGAAGUGGAUCUGGUGAAACCACUGUCGAAAUUUGUGACGACUACAUACCAAGCGAACGACGAGCAAGCCGAAUAUCUACGCUCCGUGGAGGAGUUGAACAAGCUUCGCAAAAACGCAUUGGGGAGGCCGCUGGACAAACACGAGAGCUCCCUGGAGAUCCUCCUUAGAUACUAUGACCAGCUGUGUGCUGUUGAGCCCAAGUUUCCCUUCUCUGAAAACCAGCUCUGCUUAACCUUCACAUGGAAGGAUGCCUUUGAAAAAGGGUCACUGUUUGGUGGAUCAGUCAAGCUCGCUUUGGCCAGUUUGGGUUACGAGAAGACGUGUGUGCUGUUCAAUGCAGCGGCGUUGGCCAGCCAGAUCGCUUCAGAGCAGAACCUCGACAAUGAUGAAGGACUGAGGACUGCAGCUAAAUACUAUCAGUUGGCCAGUGGAGCGUUUGGUCACAUCAAGGACACGGUGCUGUCUGCCCUGAAUAGGGAGCCCACUAUGGACAUCUCUCCUGAGACUGUGGGCACCCUAAGCCUCAUAAUGCUUGCCCAGGCCCAGGAGGUCUUUUUCCUCAAAGCUACUUCAGAUAGAAUGAAAGAUGCUGUCAUUGCUAAACUGGCCAAUCAAGCAGCAGAUUUCUAUGGUGACGCCUUCAAGCAGUACAAAGACAACCUUCCCAAGUAUUUUUAUUUUCAGGAAGUGAUGCCGGUCCUGGCGGCCAAGCGCUGCAUCAUGCAGGCCAACGCUGAGCUUCACCAGAGCGCCGUGGCCAAGCAGAAGAAGCGUUUUGGAGAGGAGAUUGCUCGCCUUCAGCACGCAGCAGAGCUGGCGAAAACCGUGGCCUCUCGUUACGAUGACUAUGUGAGCGUUAAGGACCUGAGUGAGAAGAUCAACCGAGCCCUCACCGCUGCAAAAAAAGACAACGAUUUUAUCUACCACGACCGCGUUCCUGAAGUCAAGGAUCUGGAGACUAUUGGCAAAGCAGCGUUGGUCAAAGCCACAUCUAUCUCACCUCCACUUAGCCAGAAAUUCACAGACCUGUUUGAGAAGAUGGUUCCUAUGGCAGUGCAGCAGUCCAUGAGCAUUUACAGCCAGAGGAAGGCUGAGACUGUUAACAGGCUGGUGGGGUCACUCAGGGAGGCGACCAACCUCUGCAACGGGGUGUUGGCAUCGCUGAAUCUGCCAGCUGCCCUGGAGGAUCUGUCUGGAGACUCUGUCCCUCAAUCCAUUGCUGAGAAGGCCAGAUCCAUUGUGCAGCAAGGGGGACUGCAGAGCAUUGAGCAGCUGAUCAAAGACCUGCCUGAGCUUCUGACUCGCAACAGAGAAAUCCUGGAUGAGUCUCUGAAGAUGCUGGAUGAUGAAGAGACAACAGACAAUGAGCUGAGAGCCAAGUUCAACCAGCGCUGGAACAGAACCCCCUCUGGUGAUCUGUAUAAGCCCCUGCGUGCAGAGGGCGCUAACUUCCGCAACGUCUUGGACAAGGCUGUUCAAGCAGAUCAAGUGGUGAGGGACCGGUACGGCGCCCACUGUGACAUGAUCGCUCUGCUGUGUAAAUCAGAGGACGAGCUCUCUGCUGCCAUCCCCUCUGCCAACCCAACCAAAACACUGCAGGGCAGUGAGGUGGUGAAUGUGCUGCGCUCCCUGCUCAGCCAGCUGGAUGAGAUGAAAAAGGAAAGAGACACCUUGGAAGAAGAAAUCAAGGCUGUGACCUUUGACAUGUCUACGUCCUUUCUGACGGCACUGGCCCAGGACGGAGCCAUCAACGAGGAGCAGCUGUCACUCUCCCAGCUCGACCAGUCGUACGGCACCUACAACCAGAGAGUACAAGCCUCACUCCACAUGCAGGAGGAGCUGCUGGGAAAAGUUCAGACGUCCCACCAGGAUUUCAGCAGUCUGAAGCAGUCAAACGCAGAGACCAACCAGAGGGAGGAGGUCCUGAAGAAGUUGGCUUCAGCCCACGACAGCUACGUUGAGAUCAGCAACAACCUGCGCGAAGGCACAAAGUUCUACAACGACCUGACAGAAAUCCUGCUUAAGUUCCAGAAUAAGUGCAGCGACAUUGUUUUUGCGCGCAAGACGGAGCGGGAUGAACUACUUAAAGAUCUGCAGCAGAGCAUUGCCCGAGAGCCCAGUGCUCCAUCCUUCAACGUUCCCGCCUAUCAGAGCACCCCCGCUGCCGGCCCAACACCUGCACCCAGGACUGUAUUUCAGCCCCAACCAGCCCAACAGCAACCCCCAGCCAAGCCCCAGCCUCCUGCCAGACCUCCUCCUCCCACCGUCACCCCUCAGGCUGCAGCCACCCCCCCUCCAACCAACACAGCGCCCUCUGUUGCUUCCACCAGCAACCCACCACCUGUGGCCCCAAUGGCUCAGGCCCAGGGACCACCUUACCCCACGUACCAGGGAUACCCAGGGUACUUUCAGGCUCCUAUGGGCUACAACCCCUAUGCUUAUGGCCAGUACAACAUGCCUAAUAUGCCCAACAUGCCUUUCAUGCCCUACCAGCCUUCUCCAGGACAAGGAGGAUACCCAGGAGCCCCUCCUGCUGGACAGCCCUACCCCGGUUACCCCCAGCAACCACCACAGCAGCAGCAGCAGCAUCAGCCGUACUACCCUCAACAAUAACUCUUUUCUCAUGCCCUCACUCCUCUUCUAACACCUUAACACCAAAUAAAAAAUACCCCCAGCAAUAACACUUAAUUUCCAUCAACUCCUCUUUCCUCUGAUCCUUUUUUCUUCUUACCGCCAGCAGCUGUUGAAACCCAAGUGAAUGGUGACCCCAGAGCUGCUUUGCACUUUUUUCUAAAAACAUUCUAUUCCUCUGCUAUUCUUUAUUUCCAUUUCUUUGCUCAUCUCAUCCACUCCUGUGUCAUCCAUAGUGUUUUUUCUUUCCCUGACUGCACUUUUCCAAAUCUAUCUAAGCUUUCAUCAAUGCACUAACCCCCCCUUUACCAUCCUCAAAGAGCAUUUUUUAUGUACUCAUUUUUUUUCUUCUUCUCUAAUUUAAACCCUCCUUGGUUUCAAUAAUAACUGACUGUCUGGGCUGGACUGCUGUAGAGCAGAGACACACAGAAUCCCAGGACCUUGUUGCAUCUUGGUUGUUGUGUGGGUGGAUGAUGGGUCAUGCCACUGAUCGGUGGGCGCAGCAACAUCCUCACUCACCCUCUGCAUCUGUAUCAUCUUUAAACCUAUUUUUAUAAUGAAUACUAAAGCCUGGCUGUAUAAACCUAUGGAUAUGAAUGGCCUGCAGGUUUUCUAAUGUAGAUGACGACUGUUGGAGCGCUGCUCUCUUUUUGCUCUUUUCUGUCACCCAGGGAAUGUGGGUUUACUAUUUCUGUGUCACAAUCAGAGGCUGUACAAGUGGGAGAUAUGGUUCUACUAUAUAAAUAUAUUAUGUAUAAAUAAGACUCUAUGUGGUUACCUGAGAGACUCUGUGUGCUGCACUUUCCCCCUUUUUGUGUUAAUUUUUUAUUCCUCAGCUCUAAUGUGAUUAAAAAAAAAACAACUGCCUGCCAGAA